AUGCCGAGCUGGCGACCGCUCCCGCGAAUCGCAUUCGCGAUAUGCACCCACCCGUUCCAGCCCUCAUCGCCUGCCGACCUGCCCCUCGAGAUUGGCGACGAGCUGUACGUCAUCGAGCAGGGCGGCAAUGACGGCGCCUGGUUCCGCGGCUACUUGGUUGCGCCGCCGUCGCUGCUGGCCGGGCUGACGAGCGUGAAGGGCCAGACGCUCGAGGCGCGCGUUUUCUCUGGCAUAUUCCCCCGCGUCUGUGUCGAGGUGCGCGAGGUGCUGGGCGAGGGAAAGAGCGCGGCUGCCAUCGAAGCGCCCAGCGCGUCGGCUCAAGGCGAACACGGCACGAACGGCGUCGUCACCCCCACCGAGAGCACGCGUGCGACCUCUGGAGGCGUUGUCUCAGCUCCGCCGUCGUCCACGAACCUUCCCCUAUCACGGCGGCGAUCCAGCAAGAAGCGCACAGCCAGCCAUGGCUCACAAUGGACCUCUCGAGAGGACCGCCUGCAGCAACUCAUGCUGCCAUUAUCACCCGUGUCAGACUCCACCGCACCGCGCCCACCUGCACCCGUACCCAUGCUGAAGAUCGGGGACGAAACACCUACCUCGUCGCAAGAGCCUCUCGUCGACGAGAUCGCCUCUUGCCUGCGCGAAUGGCACUCGACCAAGGUCCAUGAGCUUCUGCUGGCGCGCAGAUACACACUGCUGGACAACAUGUCUUCGCUGGUCAACCGACUCGAUACGGCGCGCCGGCAGCUACUACACAAGGUCUUGACAGCGAAGGAACUGGAUAAGGUCCGCGAGGCCACCGUCUGGGACCUCGUGGCAGGGAACAAACUGCUGUCUGGAGAUGUCAUUGUGCGCAGUCCCUCACAGCGUGGGCGCAUAUUGACUGGAGACGACUCCGCAAUCGACACAACAAAGCUGCAGUCGAUGAUGAGCUUGCUCGAGAGCCGCCCUGUCCCACAGCCAGAUGAGCACAACCUGCACCAUCUCUUCGUGAGCUUGCGACGUGUGGCAGGCGAUGUCGUCCCUGGCGCGGCUCAGGUGAGCAUGUAUCUCUGUCUCAAGACGCCGGGCAUGGCACCACAGCCACUUUCUGAGGCAUACUCAUUUGAUUUGACAGCGCGAGAUGGGUCGUCAGUUUCGCUAGCCGGCGACAAGCUGCGCUCGCUCAUCGUAGGCCUGAGCUCCACCGACAUUGGCGAAGGUGCUGGCUCUGGCUCAAGUAUACAUCUUGUGUUCAGACUAAUGAUCAACGAGCCAGUACGUGCCGCGGCACAGGAGAAACCGGGCGCUACAAAGGACAACAACACUGCAGGUGGAGCAGGGGUGCAGCCCUCGCAGCAUGGAAGCAUCAAGGGUGGGAGACGGAGCGCCAUGUUUGGACCCAGGAGGAAAGACUCGUCCACCACGACCUCCAGGUCGACCACUACCACCACCACCACCACCACCUCAAUAACUGACUCCUUAGAUGGCCGACACACUAGUCCUGACUUACAGAGAUCCCAAGCUUCUGACGGUCGUCCAGGUUCAGCUGCCACCAAGAACAGAACCCCCUCGAGAGAUCAUAAGACUCUCAAGAGGGCCGUUGCAGUUGGCGUUCUUCGCGUCAAUCAGGUCAUGAAGAGCGUAUCGGAAGUGGACCAAGCGGUUACCUUGUGGUCAAUUGUUGGCCCAUCUGACGAGACAUCAGAUGAUGACAAUGGAUGGGACGACAUCUUGACCGAGCUCUACCCCAGUGCAUCCGGAAAAUACAGGAGAAACGGUGAUAUCAGUGGCCUCACUGUUCACCUCAAAGCAUUUGUUCAUCCAGAUGCCGAGAGUCUGAUCGAAAAGACACCCACAAUGCUUCACAACAUCAAACAAACUCGAAAGAUAGGAUUCUCAGGCGCUCCUACUAAACCGCGUAGUGACAUCUACGUAACACUAGCGGAGCCUUUUCUACCAAAGAACGCUUUCCUAGCUCACCCCAAAACUGGAACAGUACCCCUCGUGCAGUCAUCUUCAAUGGGAAGUCUGCAAUUAACCAUCGAGGUCCGCAAAAGUUCAGGAGAGAGGAUCGAUGGCUGCAUAUACCCCUCCACUAACAGUGCAGGGCAUACUGCAUGGCGUACAACAGCGGUAGAGCGAGGAGAAGGUUGGAACGCCACCGUUCGCCUCGCCAUCGACCCACAGGACGUUCCCGGGUCUCACUUGAUCAUGAGUGUAGCAGAUGCACCCGGAUUUCCCUUUGCAUUAUGCUGGAUGCCGCUCUGGAGUCAGGAUGCCUUCGUACGGGACGGUGACCAUGCUCUGUCGCUCUACCGAUACGACGAGUACACAUCGGGCAUGAUCGCCGGUAAAGGCGCGUACCUGGGGCUACCCUGGAGCGCAAAGAAGAAGGACGAGCAUGUAAUGGGUGGUCCCAUGGCUGCUGUACAUGUCAAGACCUUCUUGUGUAGUACCAGGUAUUCUCAGGAUCCUACCAUUCUCGGGCUCAUCAAAUGGCAAGACCAACCUCCAGGUGAGCUUGUCGGCCUGCUUCGUCGCUUCAACUUCGUGCCGGAGAUCGAGAUCGUGAAGCUACUGAGCGAGGUUUUCGACGCGCUCUUCGCUAUUCAAAGUCACUAUGCAGGCAGUGACGAGUAUGAGGAUCUCAUCUUUAACGCGGUAGUGAUCGUCCUAGGGAUCGUUCACGACCGUCGCUUCAACCUGGAGCCACUUGUCGACCAGUACGCCAAGACCAAGGUGUUCCACUCACUCGUGACAUCCUGCCUGACGCAAAGCUUCGGGCGAUUGUUGGCUAAGCCUGCCGAGUCGGAAAGCUCUCGGCGUCUACGAGCGACCUUUAAAGUUGGAAAUCUUGUUAUCAAGUUUUUGGUCAACGCAAGAGAGAAGCAGAGGGUUAAGGAAGAAAGCAUCGGCAUUAAGGAUCGUACUCAGUUUAACAGGGAACUCAAGAGUCUGUUUAGGUCUCUCCAACAGCUGAUGGAAAAUCCUUCUCCAGUACUCAUCGGCACCAAGACGCUCCUCGUACAGAACUUUCACUCCUGGCUACCGGAAUUGGAAGGCUGCAUGUCGUCCAUGGAGAUCUUUAAGUUGGUCGAAGGUUUCGUCGAAGCCUGCGCUGACGUACAGGGCAAGCUUGUACUGUACAAACUCCUUCUGAUCCAUCACAUCUCCGGUCUCCAGAUCUUCCAAGCUCCUGAUACCCGCAAGGUUUUGCUGAAGAAGACCGUCACCUGGCUUGCGCCAUACUGGGGCCAUGUCGAAAACGUCACAGAUCAGUGGAAGGACCAAGUACGCCUGUGCUGCUCGGUAGUCGCCUCACAAGUCGAAGAGCUGGGCCAAGAAGCGUGUGACUACAUGCCGAAGCUUGUGCACUCAUACCGAGCAAUACAGUCGACCGCUCGACCAGCCAAGAAAAAUCUUUCGCUCCUAUUUCCUACAACGUAUCCAUUCCAGGCUAGGCCAACGACGACAGAAGCAACGUUCGACGAAGCUCUGAUCGAGAUCUCUGCUAUCAUUGCAGCCAUAUCGAGCUUGCCAACGAUGAUUCACCUCGACAGACAAAAUGAAGAGACUGCCGAGUUUCUCUUCCACGUUCUGCAGGUCUACAUCUCCAUUCUCGACUGCGAGGCGUUCCCCAGCUCUUGGCUCAGUGUUCACAUCUACCAUCACAAGGCCACGAUGCGCGCUCUUACGAAGAUUUUCAGCAUCCUGACCGACUCGUUCCUUCCUUUGCCUGAUGAGGCCGAUCAAUUCAAUACGGAACUUUGGCGAGCCUUCUUUGACGCGCUCUUAAAGCUCGUCGGCAGUGACGCACUUGCUCUCGAGACCUUUCCAGAACAAAAGAGGCGAGCUGUCUGGAAAAUUGCUGGCGAUGUGCGUGAGCACGGUGCGGAGCUGCUACAGCGCAGUUGGGAAGCAAUUGGAUGGGAGACUAGCGUUGAAGAAAAAAGUCAAUUUGGCCUCGAGAAGAUGGGAGGGUUCCAGGUGCAAUAUGUGCCUGGCCUAGUAGCGCCGAUCGUCGAGCUCUGCCUUAGCGUUCACGAAGGGCUGCGCAGCGUUGCAAUUGAAGUCCUGCAAACCAUGAUUGUAAGCGAGUGGACACUGAGCGAGGAUCUGUUGCUCAUCCAGGCUGAGAUGAUCGACUGCCUCGACGACCUAUUCAAGACGAAGCAUCUCACGGAGUCGGUACUCCAGAAGCACUUCAUCCGGGAGCUUGUAGAGCUGUUUGAGCCUCUUGCACAAGACCCGGGGGAGCCACUGCUCGCUGCUCUGAAGGGCCUCAUUGCUACCAUCGACGACCUGUUGGACCUUCUUGUUGCAGUCCAUAGCACGGAAGCUGCAGGUGAAGUCUUCCAUAUCAUGGACACGCUGCAUCUCAUGGAAUUUCUCAAAGACAUGCAAAAGGAGGAUAUGUACAUUCGUUAUGUACACCAGCUAGUCGACCUACAGGUGGGGGCUAACAAUCACACCGAAGCCGGUCUUGCAAUGCGCUUGCAUGCUGAGCUAUACGAGUGGGACCCGAACGUCACCGUCGAUCCCUUGACCGAGCCCAGCAUGCCACCUCAGUCUUCAUUCGAACGGAAAGAGCAACUGUACUUCAAGAUGAUUGAAUACUUCGAGACCGGAGGUUCGUGGAACAAUGCGCUCGGCUCAUACGCAGAGCUGGCUCUACAGUAUGAGCACAACGCCUUUGACUUCGUCAAGCUUGCCAGGACACAGCAUGCUAUUGCAAAGAUACACGAGAGCAUUGCAAAGAGUCAACGCCACAACCCGCGCUACUUUCGAGUCGUCUACAAGGGUCUUGGUUUCCCAGUGGGGCUGCGUGACAAACAAUUCAUCUUCGAGGGCUCUGCUACUGACCGGGUGGCAUCCUUCACCGACCGCAUGCAACAGCAACACCCUGCAGCGCAGAUCCUGAACCCUGGUGUGGAACAAGAUGUCGAGGGCCAGUACCUCCAAAUCUAUCCUGUUAGUCCGCAGAAGGAUCUUACCCAUCCGAUCUAUCAGCGAGCCAAGGUGUCGCAAUCAGUUCGCGACUACCAUCUGCUGUCGCGACCAAUGCAUUUCACAUCAGCGUCUCGGCGAUCAGCGUCUCGCAACACGACACAUGACAAUGCCAUUGAGAAGACUCUGUACACCACGGCAGAAGCGUUCCCCACCAUCCUACGACGCAGUGAGAUUGUUGCAGUCGGAACCAUCAUCCUCACAUCUCUGCAGUCGGCAAUCGAGCGAACCUCGCGCAAGGCUGUAGAAAUCGCUGCGCUCGAGAAGAGAAUAGCCGAGGGUGACGACACAGCAUUCAAUACACUCACUCAGGAACUGAUGUAUGCUGUCGACACCAAUAUCGAAGGCUGCGUUGCCAACUAUCAUGACCUGCUGCGCGACCCACGACGCUCGAUGGAAGAGGACGAGGAAGAGGAACAUCAGGUCGAUCCCCCAAACCCGUUAGAGAAUGCAUUGAGGGUCAGCUUGAUCGAUUACGCUCUGGUGAUUCGACGCUGUCUGGGCAUGUACACUAGGCCUGCCCAACAGGCCACCAAGACAGAUCUGUCGCAGCGCUUUGAAUCAUCAUUCCAUAGGGAACUAGCUAUUCUUGCCCCACCGUAUGCGCCCCCACAGACACGGUCGCCGACUGACUCCUGGCUUGCAGCAGCCACCUCUAGAUCCCAAGUGGCAAGCCCGACCCCAGACGAGCAGCAAGUCAACGGCAAUAGAGUCACAUCGCCCACUCCCGACGGUCGAGCUGCUCGUCAAGACAAGAAGCGCAUGAGUCUCGCUUUUCUCACCAAAGGUGUCAUAACUGGUGAAUCGCCGCCGGAUCAGGAAAGCAGGAAGGAAGGGAUAACAGCGCUGCCUCAGCGAGCGGACGAUGCCGAGUCAACGACUGCAUCAACACACAGUCGCAGCCGUAGCAAGGACACCAAUCGCACACGUCUUUCCCUGUCGUUCCUCCGGCCUACUUCGCCACUAGAGGCACUUCCGGACUUCGCAAGCAGUGAGAAUGUCAGCGGCAUAAGCAGGGCUGCCAGCCAGAAGUCGCGCCCAGACACAAGCAGGAGCGAGAAGAGUAGCGACGGUACAGCUCGCAAGAGUAGUGUGAAAAGGAGGCUCAGCUUCAUGAGCAUCACCAAGAAGAGCAGCAAAAACAGCGUUGCAGGACGGGGGAGAAGGGACGAUGUGCUCGUCGAGGAGUAA